CAAAAUCGUGUACACAAAAUAAAACAAAUAAAUUUCAUCAAAAAAUAUGUGUCACGCACACAUAAGUACACCUUACAUCUAUAGAUAACACAAUUAUCGUUAUCUCUCGGGCCAGAUAAAGCAAAAUUAUUAUCGAGCGAAAACAGAAUCAGUACAGGUACUAUACCAACCGAAAAAGUACCAAAAUGAAACUACGAAUAAUUUUACUAGUGACAGUUUUUUGUGGUGUAAGUUUAGGACAAGAUUUAAAUGAAUCAAACCCAGACGUUGAAGCCGUUCCAGGCAUUAUUCUAGACUUGGGAGAAUCUUCUGGACAACCAGUACCCGCUGAGGAUGUACCACAAACUCCAACGCAACCUACCAAUAACGAUACAGAUCCAAUGACUUCCCAUGUUGCACCACCAGACACAGAUCAAAGGGGUGGUUCUGGUACUCCCUACACCCUAACAGAAACCAGAUUGCAAACAAUUAGGAAAUUAUUCAUGUAUCCCUUCUAUGACCAAGGAGGUAAUGCAGACAAUGAGGGCGAUUACCAAAAAGAAAUCCAGUCAUCGUCGCCUCAAGUCCACAAAAACUUCAACUUCCAGUUGCCGUUUUUCGGCUUCAGAUUCAACUACACUAGAGUGUCUUUGAAUGGGUAUUUGGAAUUCAGUGACCCGCCACCCAACUACAACUAUCCCUUGACUUUUCCUGUAAGGGAUUGGCCCAAGAAAAACGAUCCUUCGUUUAUUGGAAUAUUUUUCAGCAAAUGUAGAAUAGGCAAUCUUCGUGAUGAAGACGAAGACAAACGCUUACCAGGAGUAUAUUUCCGCAUGGAAAGAGAUUUGCUCACCAGAACCGAUCAAAUGGGAGUGGAAAUUCGUGAAAGAUUAAAGUGGGACAUUCGAGAAGGGGUUAUUGGCUCGGAAGCCUUCGAUCCUAAACACGCUGUCAUUGUUACCUGGAAAAAUGUUUCCUUUAAUGGAGGCUUUGGAAAUGCUAUUUACAAAACCAACACUUUUCAAAUGGUCCUUGCAACAGAUGAAGUCUACACCUAUGCAAUUUUUAACUAUUUGAAUUUGGAUUGGACGAGUCAUACUGAAGCUGGAGGGGAUACCACUAGAGGCGAAGGAGGUGUGCCAGCUUAUAUUGGGUUUAAUGCAGGUAAUGGUACCAGAUCCUGGGAAUACUCUCCCUACAGUCAAGCAUCAGUCCUAAGAGAUUUGAGCGGCAGAGGCUACGCUAACGGAUUCCCAGGCAGACACUUAUUCAGAAUCGACGAAAACAUCCUGGUUGGCACGUGCAAUAAAGACAUCGAUGGCGCAAAUUUACCCCUAAUGUUUGCUCCAGAAUCUGGCAACAUGUUGGGUGGUACCGUUGUCAACAUUACUGGCCCAUGUUUCAACCCAACCGAUCAAAUCUUAUGCAAAUUUGACGUAGCCAAUGUAGUUUACGGUACCGUAGUGAGCAGAAACAGGGCAAUUUGCGUCCAACCUUUACUAAUGGUAGAAGGAUACGUAAGAUUUGAAAUCGCCAUUGGACCAGGUACUUACAAGUGGAAAGGCCGGUACUAUGUGGAAACUCCUGCAAGUGCGGCUCAGAAAAUCUACUUCAAAGACAUGAAAGUACACGAAAAAUCCCCUAGUGAAAUAAAAAUAACUUGGGAAAAAUAUAAUUUGACUACAAACGAAAACGCAAACAUUAGAAUUUCGCUUUGGGGCUACCGCGAAACCUCCAUAAGACCCUCACUAUUAUACAUUACAGAUAUAGCUGAAAACGUCCAAAACACUGGAGAGUACACGAUAGUACCUUCACAGUACCGCAACAGAGAAAACACCUUUUUAACCGACAUAAAAUUUGGCUUCAUUCAAAUCAAUUUAACCGAAUCAAUACCUAUUCAGUACGAUUAUAGCGGUACCACUCAAACAACUACCCAAGCUACAACCAUUAACCCUGUAGUAUGGAGCAGGCCUAUACCUUUAGGCUGGUACUUCGGCUGGCAAUGGGAACGCAUGUACGGUACCAACUGGCCCAAAACCUUAUGCGACGAUUGGCUAAGGACCGACAGAUACCUAAAAAACUUUGCCCACGAGCUACCGCAAUGUCCUUGCACCCUGGAACAAGCCCUCAUCGACAAAGGCAAAUACAUGCCCGAUUUUGAUUGCGACAAAGACUCAAACCCCACUUGCUACUACAACAACCAAGCAGUACAUUGUGUGAGAACUGGUUCUCCUACACUAGAAGGUUCCGAGCAACAGUGUUGCUACGACAAAAACCACUACCUAAUGUUGUCUUAUGACCAACAAUGGGGCUCCAGCCCGAAACGUUGCCACAAUUUAGGCCUAAUGCCGUACCAGGAAGCAACAAAAGUACCCACUUUGUCUCAAUGGUUCAACGAUAUGGUACCAAAAUAUUUGUGCUGUUUGUGGCAAGAUGAACAAGCAGUUGGAUGUGAAACUGUACGUUUUGAACGCAGGCCCAGUCAGGAUUGUGUAGCUUAUCAAGCUCCAGGGGUUGCAGGAGUUUAUGGAGACCCACACAUAGUUACAUUUGAUGAUUUAGAAUACACAUUCAACGGUAAAGGGGAGUUUGUUUUGGUUAAAUCAAAGGCCAAGCUGAAUAAUAUUGAAGUGCAAGGCAGGUUUGAGCAAAUGGAUCCUAAUUUGUAUGGGGAAGUAAGGGCGACUCAAUUGAGUUCGGUUGUUGCACGAGGCAAUUCGUCUACUAUUGUUGAAGUUAGGAGAAGGCCCGAAUAUGCCCGAUGGCGUUACAGGCUGGAUGUUAUUGCCGAUGGUAAAAGAGUCUACUUUGAUAGGCCUUCCUUGAAGUUCCAACAUUUCCCUGGAGUAACUGUUUAUACUCCUACUUAUAUUCUUAAUCAGUCUGAGGUGAUUAUGAUGUUCGAUAAUGGAGUUGGAGUGGAAGUUUUGGACAAUCAAGGAUACAUGACUGCAAGGGUUUAUUUGCCUUGGACUUUUAUUAAUAAGACAGCUGGGUUGUUGGGCAAUUGGAGUUUUAAUAAGGAAGAUGACUUUACUUUGCCUGAUGGAAGUAAAGUCAGUGUUGCUACAAAUGUUAAUGACAUGGAAAGGGUUUAUACGACGUUUGGGUCUUUGUGGAUGGUUGAUGAUGUUCUGGAUUCGAAUAAAGGUCGCGCAAUGUUCCUUAGGGAAAACGGCCAAUCAUCGGCCAACUUCAACAACAAAUCCUUCGUUCCAAUUUUCGCGAUGACACCCGAGGAAAUUAUACCGGCCAACCGGUCGUCACAAAUCGACCGGACUUACCAAAUUUGUACUUCCAAAAUGUACGAGUGCUACUACGACUACGCCAUGACACUGAACAGAGAUUUGGCCCAUUACACUCAGAAUUAUAAAGCUACAAUAUAUCAGUAUAAGGAACUUAGUAGGACAAAGGUUAUUUCGUGUGGUGUCUUGCCAACACCAAGAUUUGGCCGCAAGAGUACCUUCCUGUUUAUACCAGGUACCAAAGUGACGUUUGAGUGCGAUCAAGAUUUCGUCCUAGUAGGAGAUGCUAGAAGAACUUGCCAGGCAAACGGACAAUGGGAUGUUCCAGAAUAUGGAUACACUUAUUGUUUACGUCAACAAGAGUACUCGCAACGUCAACUAGCCACCGCUUCGGGAAUAGUCUUUGUAGUACUCAUACCCCUAUUAAUAAUAAUAGCUUAUAUAGCUUAUCGUUUGUUGUUAAACUACAUCAAUACCGAGGAAUCGUCUUGGCAGUACCAGAAACCAAGAGCUUUGAGCCCUAUUUUGAGUAGCACUGGUAGUACCGACAGUAUGUUCAGAAAGCGACGCAGCUAUGAUAAGAGUUAUCGCACGCACGAGCCUCUAUCCGGGCUGCCAGAAAUUGAGUUCGAGGACAAGGAAAUUGAGCCAGAGUUUGAACCAAAAAGUCCCACGCCCAGUUACAGUCAACCAUUGAAUUACGGUUCCGACGAUUACGCGGUACCAAUUAGAAAAAAAAUGCAACCAGCUAGAAUUAGUAGUCAAAGUAGUACUGUUACUGAUGUCUAAAUGUUUUAAAGAAAUUAUUAUUCUAGCAUGUGGAAUGUAAGUACUGUCUAUUCACAAUCUGUAGUGCAAAGGUACAGGUAAAAUUUAUCACUUUUUAAUGCUAUUUUAUAGGGAAAGGUGAUAAAUUUACCUAUACUUUUGUACUAAAGAAUAUAAGUAGUUGUUUAGGUGAUUUGUAUAAGUUCAAUAAACGUUUUUAAAAAAACAAUAUACAGGGUGACAAAAUUCCACAUGCUAGGAAUAUUAAAAAUUGGGGUAUUGAGUACUACAAGGUAUAUUCCUAGUUUGGCGGAAUAGUACCUGGUGUUUUAUUUGAAUAAUUUUGCAAUUUAGGUCAACAAGAGUACUCUCAAAGGCAACUAGCCAUGGCCUCCGGUGUGGUAUUCUUAAUAAUAAUUCCUCUACUUCUAUUAUUCUUCUAUUUGGCCUACAUGUACCUGAGAAAGAAGCAACAGGAAAAGGAAGAAGAAGAGAUGCUGGAUAGCGCCUACGAAGCACAAAAAAGGAGAGCUCAAGAAGCGGCUGCCAAAAAACUGACCGAAGCUAACGAGUACGACGACGACGAUGACGUCACUAGCAAUUUAACCAGUACAGCUUCGCCGGUACCUCAUACCGCACCAGCUUCACCUACAGCCAAAGAAUCGACGAUUUAUUAAUUUGGUGUAUAUUUAAGGUUUAGUAUUGUAAGUUUUUUGUUAAUAAAUCAAAUUUACUGCUGGUGGAAUGCAAUAAUAUAGGGCGAUAUCUCAUCUCUGGGGCUUGAAUAGAGACAAUGCGCACAAUGGAUAUGGGGGAAAUUAAUGGAAAUAGUUUAAUGUCGUGUGAAUUUAUAAUGCCCCCUUUGCACCUGCCUCGAAAUGCACCAAUAAUAGAGAGCUAAUUUUCUGCCCUAUUUCCGGUAAAU